UUUAAGGUAGAUUUUGUGCUUUAGCAAUGAUUUUUGUUUCUGAACACAAAGCAGAUUUUGUUUGCUGUUGACCAGUUUGGACUGUUGCUGACUUUAGGUUAACACUAUCCACUACAAAAUCUUUCAACUUGGUAUGCAGUUCAAGAGUUUCUGGGUAUGUCCGAAGUAUUUGUUUAAACAAUUUUUAGGGAGCAUGAUAAAAUGGAUCAUUUCAUUCACAGGCCCUUCACAGUUCAAUCUUCAGCUGUGAGCCCUGGAAUGAACAUCAUAAAUUCCUAGAGAGACUUUUGAAAACACAGGAUUGAUUGAAUUCAGGUUGGAUGUGGGAUCAUUCUGCUAAGUGUAAACCUUGUUAAAGAUGACAUUGCAGUUACCUAAAGAACCUGCAACAUAAAAUUCAAUGCUAUGCCUGAGUUUAAGUAAUUUAGAACAUGAUAGCUUUGUCCUCCCCCUCACAGUGCUCCAAGUGUUCUUUAAUUUAUGAUAAUUCUGCUUUAAUGUUUGAUAAUUACACGAUAACUAGAUCCAUUAGGUUAAAAACUCAAUCCCUCCCAACAGAACUGACAGAGCAACUGAAACUAAGAAGCUUUUCCUGUUCACAGAAAUCACGUCGAUGGAAAGGAAAGCGAGAAGGAACUGACACAAACAAUCGACCAAUCAAAGCUGCAGGAAAAGUCAUUAUUCAAGACAUCUCCUGUCUCCUUCCUGUGCACAAGUCACUUGGUGAAUUGUAUAUACUGAAUGUGAAUGACAUCCAGGAUACAUGUCAGAAGAAUGCUGCUGCAGCUUUAUCAGUUGGACGAAGAGACCUAGUACAAGUGUGGUCUCUGGCUGCUGUUGCUACAGACUCCUUCCUCAGCCCCCAUUCAGACCCUGAUGUUGAGACACCAUGGGCACGCCAUCCAUUUGGUCGACAGCUCCUGGAGUCACUGUAA